AUGGCUGCUGUAACGAACUUUGUUGGUCUAACUAUUUGUCGUUUUCUACUUGGUGCCUUCGAAGCUGAUUUUUUUCCUGGUGUUGUCUAUUUUAUGAGUCUUUGGUAUCCAAGAAAAAUGCAAGCUGUUCGACUUAGUGUAUUUUGGUCGUUUUCAGCAUUAGCAGGUACAUUUGGUGGUUUGAUCGCUUAUGGUAUUGGUCAAAUAAAAUCAUCACAAGUUGCUCAUUGGCAAUUGAUUUUCAUUAUUGAAGGUUUUCCGACUAUUUUAAUGGCGGUAUGCUGUUGGUUUCUAUUACCUGAUUCACCUGAACAAGCACGAUUUUUGAGUGCUGAACAACGGCAACUUGAAAUCGAACUUAUAGCUGAAGAUUCUGGUGCAUCUCAUAAUCAUUUAUUUUCUUGGUUACAAGUGAAAUCUAUAUUUACUGAUUGGAAAACGUAUACAUAUGGUAUUAUUUAUUUAACAGGAUCAAUAGCUGUACAGGGUGUGACACUGUUUUUACCUUCAGUGAUUGUUGGAUCAGGAAAAUGGACACCAGUUCAAUCACAAUUGAUGACUCGACCACCAUAUGUAGUGGCUUUUAUUAUUACAAUUUUACUUUCCCGUAGUUCGGAUUAG